GCAGUUCAUCUUGAGCCAUAUUAGGCCCUCAGUCUGGACUGAAUCUCACUAACUUGGGACCUUUGAGUUUUUGAUACCACUUUAUUCCCAACCCAGGUAAGUCCAAAGGGCUGGGCUGGGCUGGGCUGAAGGCUGCAUGGGAUAGAAUCUCUCCAUCCUUGCAAUGACAUCACUGCUCCUAUACAUGGGAGAGACAAGGGAGUGUGUGGAUGCAGGCUAAUCCUGGGUGCCAGAUCUAGAUGUUUACAGACAUGCGAUGACCUGGUAUGGGUUGGUGCUAUUCAGGGACAUUCCUGUCUCCAGGUUUUCUGCUUUGCCAUGGGUUGGCCCUGGGCCCCGCUGACAGCAGUUUGGGCACUGGGGAUCAUGGGGACCACAGCACUACGCAUUGGAGCCUUCAAUGUUCAGAGCUUUGGAGAUAACAAAGUGUCAGAUCCAGACUGUGGCAGUGUCAUAGCACAGAUCUUGGCUGGCUAUGACAUCACCCUGGUGCAAGAGGUGCGAGACCCAGACCUAAGUGCAGUGUCCUUGCUCAUGGAGCAAAUUAACAGAGUAUCCAAGCACGAGUACAGUUUUGUGAGCAGCAAGCCACUUGGACGUGACCAGUACAAGGAAAUGUAUCUGUUUGUCUACAGGAAAGAUGUAGUGUCAGUGGUGAGCACGUACCAGUACCCAGACCCAGAGGAUGCUUUCAGCCGGGAGCCUUUUGUGGUCAAAUUCUCAGUUCCUAGCUGUGCCGCCAAGGAGCUAGUGCUGAUCCCCCUUCACGCAGCACCAAAGCAGGCAGUGGCCGAGAUCGAUGCCCUCUACGAUGUGUACCUUGAUGUGAUUGACAAGUGGAACACCGAUGACAUGCUGUUUCUGGGUGACUUUAAUGCUGAUUGCAAGUACGUGAAGGAACAUGACUGGCCAUCAAUCCGCCUUCGCAGUAGCGAGGUGUUUAAGUGGCUCAUCCCAGACAGUGCAGACACCACAGUGGGCAACUCAGACUGUGCCUAUGACCGGAUUGUAGUGAGUGGCGCCCACCUGCGCAGGAGCCUGAAGCCCCAGUCAGCCUCAGUUCACAACUUCCAGGAGGAAUUUGACCUAGAUCAGACCCAGGCUCUCGCCAUCAGCGACCAUUUUCCUGUGGAAGUGACUUUCAAGCAUCACUGACAGCCAAGGCCUCAGGAUAUGCCACCUGUGAAAUACUACCUCAAGGGAUGGCACCAUAGUGAAUUCAGGGUGGCAGGCCAACCACCUACUAAGGAUACAGGGUAGGACCAGCUGGUGUGGACAAUGGCUAUGAACACAUUACAGGAUUCCUCAAGGCUCCUGUUUGCUCAUCUGCAAGGUGGACUAACAUCACCUACCUCAUUGGGCUGCUGUGAGGAGAACCCAGGGAGGGCACCAGAGCAUCGCGAGCACAUACCUGCCUAAUAAACAAGCCGCUCUUGGCCAGGACUACCCCAGGUUGGAUGAGGCCUCUGCACCUAGGCUGCAGAGCUUGGUCUUAAUGCCCAGGAGGUCUGUUUCUGUUGCUCUCAGGAGUGGAUGGUUAGCUUGUUCCCUUCCCAGCCUGGAGCUCCUCUACAGCACACCAGCUCCCUAUUCUUAUUUCCUUUGUGCAAACUUCAAAUGCUUCCAUGAACCAUCCCUUGGCAGCUCAGGUGGAAAUGCCUUUCUGGACCCUGCUGGAUUUGGGAGCAGGCCCAUGAUCAUUCUGCCCUGGUGGAGCACUGCCAGAGGCAAAGGAGGCUACACCUACCCCGGAAGUGAGCUCUUCUGGCACCUUCUGAAAAGGAACCCACAGCAAAAGCAACUGCCUGGCACCAAGUCCUGCCCAGCCUGCACUCUGCUUAGGUUGAGCCGUUCAAAGGUGCCUCAUGGAGUAUCUUGGGCUGGGCGAGGCCUCGGGAGGGUGGAGAUUUUACGCUCAGUAGGCCAUCGCUUUAGAAGCUCUGGAAGCACAAGGCUCUCAUGAGGUUUCUGGUUGUUAAAACUUGUCAUCUUUAUGUGUGUGUGUGAGUGUGUGCGAGCUAUUAUGGAGGCCCAAGGUCAAUAAAACCUCUAGUGAGAUUGGAGAACAGGCAUGAA